GGCAGCAGUGAUAACCAAUGAGCUGCCAUGCUGCCAUAAUAACACUGGGUUUUGCAAUUUUAUUCACCCUAUGUUAUUCAGUGAAACACUUUCUGCUAUAGUUUGCUUGGUCGGAUUUGCAUGAAUUUAUACUCUAGCGCCUCUGACGCAGAAGAAAGAAUUAACAUAAAUGAUAAACCACGACAUUGGUCCUCUAAUGUUCUAAAAAAAAGCCAUAUUUAGCGCCCAAAAUGCUAGCCAGUCGACUAACAGGCCGUUUGAUCAAAAUCCAAUUGGCUAGGAAUUCAGUCUCAAGAGUGAAUUCUUAUACAACUUUGCAAAAUGCCAUCGAAGCAAGGAAGGAAAAGGACGAGCGUGUCGCAUUUCGGAAUUUCGAGUCCAAGCGGGAAUAUAGAAACUUCGGGCACCGCCCUGAGAAAGCACCUUUAAUCACCAAGGCUUACGUCUCCUUCAUUGUUUUCGUAGUGUCCGUUGCAUUUAUCGACUAUCGAUUCAUUGGACAUAGAAUUUACCAUACGUUUUUCCCAAAAGUCGAUGCUGCCUCUCAGAUUGAGGUGAAAGCAGAAACCAAGGAUCAUCAUGAAGAACAUAUUGACCAUGAAGAAGGAGGAAAGAAGAAGAAGAAAAGGGAAAAGAUUGGGUUUAGAGACAGGAAAAUAAUUGAGUAUGAAAAUCGAAUGCGCCAAUAUUCAACCCCAGACAAAGUUUUCCGAUACUUUGCAACCCUGCAAGUGUGUCACCCUAAUGGAGAUUACGAGGUUUUCAUGACUCCUGAUGAUUUCCUAAGGUCCAUGACACCAGGCUUGAAGCAACCUGAUGGUUUGGGUUUGGACCAGUACAAGAGAUACGACCCCAAGACGAUGACGAUCGCAAAUGCAGCUGAGUCUAGUAGUAUGCACAAUAAACUGGAGCUUGAACUGGAAAAAGACAGCAUAUUCUACAAACUGGGCAGUUCAGGCCUCAUAACCUUCUCGGACUACAUCUUUCUUCUCACAGUCCUCUCCACUUCAAGAAGACACUUUGAGAUCGCUUUCCGAAUGUUUGAUCUGAACGGCGAUGGAGAUGUGGACUCUGAAGAGUUUGAAAAGGUUGCCACCCUUAUCAGGCAGCAGACCAGCAUUGGAUCCAGGCACCGCGACCACGCAAACACUGGCAACACUUUUAAGGGCGUGAACUCUGCUUUGACUACCUUUUUCUUUGGCCCGAAUUUGGAGAACAAGCUUACUAUUGAGAAAUUCUUGGAGUUCCAGCAUCAGUUGCAGAAGGAAAUUCUGAGCCUAGAAUUCCAGCGAAAGGGUCCUGGAGAGAAUGGAAACAUAUCUGAAUCUGAUUUCGCGGAACUGUUGCUGGCCUAUGCUGGAUACUCUCAAAAGAAGAAAUCGCGAAUGAUCAAGAGAGUAAAGAAGACGUUCAGGGAAAGCAACCUUGGCAUCAGCAAGGAAGACUACUUGAAAUUCUUCCACUUCCUAAACAAUAUCAAUGAUGUGGACACUGCCCUUACUUUCUACCACAUUGCUGGGGCUUCAAUCGAUCAAACAACUCUGAAGCAUGUUGCAAAAACAGUUGUUCAUGUCAAUCUCAGUGACCAUGUGAUUGAUGUCGUCUUUACCAUAUUUGACGAAAACAUGGAUGGAGAGCUGAGCAAUCGGGAGUUUGUGGCCGUCAUGAAAAACCGACUUCUUCGUGGGUUGGAGAAGCCAAAAGACACUGGAUUUGUCAAACUGAUCCAGUCGGUCUUCAAAUGCGCCCGUGAAACAAAGCCCGCACUUCUUGAUAUUUAAAAAUAGCACGUGCCAAAUCUCUGACUAACAAUCCCAAGCUUUUGAAGGCAAUUUGUAACUUGAUAACUAUCAAGCUAAGGCUUUGCCCCCUUGAAAAAUUUGUAUUGGUUAAGCUGUAAUGUGUAACGCGCUGUUGAAUGCUCUUGAAAUUAAUGCAAAUUGUAAUCAAAAGAAACAGUGAUGUUUUGCAUUUGUAGCUUGGCAUGUAAAGCACUGUGCUGCGUUAAUUUUGCCCUCCUUUUUCGGGCAUUGUUAAAUGUGUUGAAUGUUAAGGCAGUCCAAUGUAAGGAGCACAAAUACUAUUGAAUCUUGUUAAUCUACUCAAGGAAUGUAUAAAUAUGCAGUUGGCUUUGAAAUGUUUAAAUAAGAAUUGUGUUACAUGCUUGGAAUAUCUCAAAAGAAUGUGUACAUCACUAAUACUAAUACAUUUUUGAGCAGGGUAAGUUUUGAAUUUUAUAACUGUACCAAUUUGCUUAACAUUGUUAUUGAUCAUCGACACUUCAGUACUUAUUUCAAACAUUGUACUUCGCUAUUUAUUUCCCUAUCAGAAAAAAUACCAUUAAGACUGCGAUUGAUUCUAAGUUUCCGUGCUUUAUUUUGUUUGGGAUUCUUUGAUUAACCAACCGGAAAGGAUUGUUGACUAUGUUUCCUUUUGUCCUGAAAUAAAAUUCUCCUGCAGUCUUAACUGUAAGAACUUGUGUAACCACA